AUUAUCAAGGCGCUAUUAUUUUCCCUCAUCAGAAUUAUUUCCUUAUCCUGGUCAUCUGCCAUUUUCCGUCCUGGGCUUUGCGCCGUAGUAGUGCUAUUGGGCUUUCUACGUCACCAGGGAGAAACUCUACGAAAACAAUGCUCCUCCGCCAGAAACCAUCUCCACGCGAGAGCAUUCGGGUAGAUUAGACCUCUAUUCUACCGCACUCCCUGUCCGGCGACCGCCACAAUAGCCAGCUAGAGAGAGCAGGGGAGAAGAGGGAUAGGGCUACCACAUUGGGCUGCCUUCUCCAUCGCCUUCAGAUCACACGGGACUGGAGGUAGCCUAGUCUGUUUGUUUUUCUAUUGAGGUCCAGACUGCAACUUUCCCCAGGGUACCGUCCUGAUGGCUGGACACGAGUGGGAGUAUAAAGACUGGUUCGAACGGGAGGAAUUUAUCGGACAGAUCAGCGACAUCCGAGUGCAGAAUCUUCAAGUUGAAAGAGAAGUCGUUCAGAAGAGGACGUUCACACGAUGGAUGAAUCUGCAUUUGGAGAAGUGCACUCCUCCGAUGGAGGUGAAUGACCUGUUCAGAGAUAUUCAGGAUGGAAGGAUACUCAUGGCUCUGCUGGAGGAACUGUCCGGAUGCAAGCUGCUUCAUGGAUGGAAGCAGUCCUCACAUCGUAUCUUCAGACUGAACAACAUCGCUAAGGUCCUUACCUUCCUGGAGGAGAGAAAUGUGAAGCUGGUCAGUAUUGACGCUGCAGAUGUUGCCGAUGGCAACUCUUCCAUCGUUCUCGGACUUAUCUGGAAUAUCAUCCUGUUUUUCCAGAUCAAGGAGCUGACAGGGAACAUUAAGAGCAAGUUCCCCUCAUCCUCCAGCCUCUCCUCGCUCCCCACCAGCUCAGACUCUGACACCUCCCACUCCAGUACGCCCUCUGAUGAGAGGCCGCGCUCCAUCGCCAUGAGGGAUCAUGGGAAGCCCAUCAAGACGCUCCUGCAGUGGGUCCAGAGACGAACCAGGAAGUACGGUGUGGUGGUGCAGGACUUUGGGAAGAGCUGGACCAGUGGGCUGGCCUUCCUGGCUGUCAUUAAGUCUAUAGACCCCAGCCUGGUGGACAUGAGGAGAGCUCUGCUGAGGACAGCCAGGGAGAACCUAGAGGAGGCCUUCAGGACAGCCCACUACAGCCUGGGCAUACCCAGACUACUGGAACCAGAGGAUGUUACCAUCAACCCUCCAGACGAGCAGUCCAUCAUGACCUAUGUGUCCCAGUUCCUUGAGCACUUUCCUGGGAUGGAGGAGCCACAGGAAAAUGUAUCUGAUGUGAUACAGAGGAGUGUGUCGUCAGGCAGACUCAGCUGUCGCGUCAACGACUCCUCCCACGACCUGAGGAAUGGCGUCCACCGGAGCCGGGACAGAGAGAGGCCCUACGUGGUCCGGAGAGACUGGGUCCAGCCCCCACCCAAAAUCUUCAUCUCCUCCGUCUCCGAGGAGCUCAAGUCUCCCACGUCCCCGCCCGCGGUGGAGCGUUCCUGGGUCAACGAUGGCUCGUCGGUAGGGUCCACCCCCAGCCCUGUUUUCACUGUCUCCACCUCCAGCUCCCCGCAGCCCUCCUUCGUCGACUCGGUCAUCGGCUCUGUGUCCUGCGACUCACCAAUCAGUGACUCUGUCGUCGGUUCGCCAGACUCCUGCUGGGAGGGCCAUCCAAAUGAGGCGGUGACUCCAGACAGGUUUGUGGAGAGCCAUAGCGACGGGUCGCUAUGCGACAGCGGGGUAUCCUGGGACAUAAACAUCCCUCCCUCCACCCCUCAGGGGAUCACGCCCGACCUGGAGGAGCCGUUGCCGUUGGUUAUGGGGCUGACGAGGAAACCCCAGGAUGAGGAACAGGACAUGAUUCCGAAGCUGUUUAUUGACGAGGGAAACUACUCUCUGAGCUCAGUGGAGAGCACACAGGACAGGUCCAGAACACACCCAGAGAGAGAGGAGAACUGGGGGAAGACAGAGGAGGAGGAGGGGGAGAAGAAAGAGGAGGAGGAGGAGGUGUAUAGCUACAUUCUGGACUUGAGUGAGGACAAGGCAGCCAAGCAGGAGCCUGAUCAAAGAGAAGGAAAGAACAAAACAGAGAGCACAGAAAGUGACUCAGAACUAAUGAACACAAGUACAGGUCAGAGUAACAGAGUCAACGAGGAGAAGGGGCGGCCAUCUUUAGAGCUCUCUGACGAGCCUCAGGAAACUGACUCUGACCAGAAGAGUGAGAGUGUGUGUGGGGGUGAGAGUGUGUGUGAGGGUGAGAGUGUGUGUGAGGGUGAGGGAGGAGGAGCUGUGUGUUCUCCUCAACAUGAGGAAAUCAGCCAAUCAAAGCAGGGCUCUGACAUCACACAGCAGGAAGAGCCCAAUCAGCAGGACAGUAUCCCGGAGAUGACAGACAGGACAUCAGAAUGUGCCAAGAAUGAAACGGCGGAACCAUCUACAGAUUCCAGGAAGGCUGGAAACCCUGAGGAAGAGUUAGCUAAGGAACGUUCAGAUAAAGCAGAGGGUCAAAGUGAUGUGACUGACGGAGUAGAGACGGAAUACAGACAGACUACUUCUCUGUCAGAGAGGGACAGAGAUGGGGAGCGGUCCCUGGCGGGGUCAGAGGAAAGGCACAAGCAGGUCACAGAAGAGUCUGAAACACAAGAGAAGAUAAAAGAUGUUCCGAAUGGCCACAUAGAGUCACAGGAGAACACUACGACUCAGGUUAAUGAUGUCACAGAGUCGACGCAUCCACAACCAUAUAUGGAGAUGGACCAGAGUCGGACCAUCCUGGGGGGCCCCUCAGAACAAUGUCUGGACCCAGUGGAGCAGAGCCAUACUGGGCAAACUCCAGCCUGCACAGAUGGUGGGCAGAGUUCCACAUUCCUAACAGAGGCCGGUAAGGAAGGGAACCAUAGCCCUGAGAUAGAGGCGGAAGCUGGGGAUGAAGACCCAGACCUGUGUGGGCCCCCUGGAGGUGGCUUGGUUGAGAGGACUGAAAAGUGUGAGAGGGCCUCUUGUGGUGGAGAUGCUGAAGUGAAUGUGGUAGCUCCUAAGGAGAAGGGAGGGGCAGAAAAGGAACAUGACAGGGUGGAUGCUACUGGGUCUGGGGCCAGAGACAACACAGAGACAGUAGUGGAGGUCCCCCAUCAGGGCAAGCUAGUUUCCAUUAUACCCCUUGACAUGGUGUACUACCCACACUAUGACGUCCCCAUCUCCCAGGUCAUCGAGGCCUUUGUGGAGCCUAACCCUGGAUCGGUCCUCACUGGGCUGGUUCCUCAGGCGGUACUGCCUAGCCAGGAGGAGAGAGACUCAGAGAAGGACACAGGGGAUCAUACUGAUGGCGGUCAUAGUGAGACAGAGGCCUCUGCUGUUGAAGAGACAGCGGACAAAAUGGCCGACCCAGAACAGAGUGAAACCAAGCCUGUGAAUGUGACCUAUACAGACACUGAGAGGAGGGGUGCUUUGGAGUCUGAAAGUGAACCGAUAGUCUUGUUCUAUACAGACAGUGAUGCUGACGAGAGUUCUAGAUCUGCCCUUGAGGAGCCAAUGACAGUGAGGGACACUCUGGAGCCCAUGGAUCUGUUCUACCCGGAUACAGAUGACUGUGGCCCUGUAGAGGAACCAGAGAACGACGUGGAGACAUCGCCGUGGUCCUCCUCCUUCAGCAAGUCAGUAGAGACCUGGCCCUCAACCUUCAGUGUGGCAGCUCUAAAACCAGCACCGUCCUCAGAACCAGAACCACUGCCAGAGAUACACACAAACUCACACACGCAUAGCCAGACGGACUCACACACACACAGCGGUCCAGACUCACACACACAUAACGAGCUGGAUCAAGAGGAACUCCGAGAGGUGUCAACCACACAGGAGCAGGAGGACAUUGAGGUGAGAGGGGGCUCUGGUGGAUCAGACCCCCAGGAACGGCGCUCCAUGCUGGGUGAGAAGACGGCAGGAGACGGGGGUGUGGUGGAGGUGGAGAUGGAGAUGGAGACCCACCGUGGGCCUGGCUCUGCUGCUGCCAGAGAAAGCAACGAGACCGUGAGGAGGAAAGCUGACAGUGAUGGAACCCUAGAUGAACACUGUUCUAUGUGUUCUAUUCCUCUCCACCAGAGGAAGAGGAAUGGCUCCAAUGAGAGGGACAAUCAGAAAAGUGUGGCAUCCAGCCGAACUCACUGUACCAAGUCUGACACCAGCUGGAGGGAGAUGUGGAUUCCUACGUCAUUGACAGAGUACUACGUUCUCCUGCUGCUGUGGCUUGUCCUCUACUGCCUGUUGGUGCUGCCACAGAUCCACUACAGAGACCUGCCACGCCUACUGCUCAACCUGGACGAAUGAACACACACACUGCCAUACGCAUACUGAUACACACGUCAUGUACGUGUCACACACACGACA